AUGCAGCUGUCCAAGGUCGACUGGAGGCUGCACCAGACCAACAACACGGGAAUUUCGACGAAUGGCUGCCUGCCCGUGGUCACAUUUAACAACGCAGUCGUGGAGUCUGGAUUCUGGCGCAUAGUGCAAUUUAUGAAGGCGGAAGGACACGAUCUCAACUCAAAGCUAAACGAAGAGCAGCUGUCACAAUCCACUGCCUACAUAUCGCUUGUCCAAGACUGUCUAAUUGAUUCUCUGCUAUUCAGCUGGUAUCUGGUUUCAGAAAAUUUUGCUGACAUGGUCCGCCCACGCCUGGCUAAAAUGUUUGGCUUUCCGCUGAGUCUGUUUAUUCCGACACAGUUCAAGGACUACGCGGAGGAGAGGCUGCAAUUUCGGGGAAUUAGUAGCGACCUAGACACUGCGGCUGAAAAGGAGGCAGCCGCGGCAGCCGGAUUCAACCGCCACGCCGACAAGUCGGCCCAUCCAGUCUAUGCCCAAGCCGACAAGUGCCUAGCUGUACUGUCCAAUAAGCUUGGCACAGACGAAUACUUUUUCGGGGCCAGCCCGACGACACUCGAUGCUGUGGUGUAUGGCUAUCUGUCUCUUGUGCUCUAUCCCGAGCUGCCACAAAGCACGCUUAAAACGAUUGUUACGUCGAAAUAUCAUAACUUGGUCGAGUUGUGCGACCGUAUUCACGCGCAGAUGGAGAAACCAGCCAUAGUCUCGGAGCAGACAUGGUUCUCUGGCAUUGCCACGGUUGCAAAGCAGAGCAUCGCACAGUACAUAUUGCCCACUGUGGGCUCGAAGCAGCAACAAGAGGAGCGCGAAGAUCCGCAGCGAGCAGAGAAAGCCAGAUCGAUUGUUGGCGCGCUGUUUGUCUUUAUCGGAUACGCCAUUUACAACGGUGUUCUAUCUGCGCCUGCGUCAAAUUAG